AUGCCUGUUCUACGAGCUGCCCACAGGGCCUGCCGCCUGCACAAGCCUCUAGCAUCUUCUGUCCGCGGAUAUGCCACUUCUCCAGCUCAACCCACGACCUCACCCUUUGCUCCCCGCCAUCUUAUGUCCAUAUCAGACCUGACCUCAGCCGAACUCAGCACCCUCGUCCGCAAUGCAGCUUCACACAAGAAUGCUAUCAAAUCCGGCCAGGGAAUCCCUGCAUCACUCCAAGGCUCUCUGUUCGGGAAAUGUGUUGCAUUGACCUUCAGCAAGCGUUCCACUCGCACUCGUGUGUCCACCGAAGGCGCUGUUGCACUCAUGGGCGGUCAUCCCAUGUUUUUGGGCAAGGAGGACAUCCAACUCGGCGUGAAUGAGUCUCUGUACGACACUUCUGUCGUCAUCUCAUCCAUGGUUUCGUGCAUUGUUGCUCGUGUCAAUGGUCACGAUGACGUUGCCAACUUGGCUAAGCACUCAUCUGUUCCUGUCAUCAACGCUCUGAGCGACUUGUACCACCCUUUACAAACCAUUGCCGAUUUUCUGACCAUUCACGAAGCCUUCCCUUCGACUCAGACGGCGAGUGUCAAAGGAUUGGGCCUCGAGGGAUUGAAGAUCGCAUGGGUUGGCGACGCAAACAACGUCCUCUAUGAUCUGGCUAUUGGUGCCAUGAAACUGGGUGUCGACAUCUCUGUUGCUACUCCCAAGGGCUACGAAAUCCCUGCUUCCAUGCGUCAGAUCAUCCAAGAUGCUGCAAAGACCUCGCCCAGGGCUGGUACGCUCACAGAAACAACCGUUCCCGAAGAGGCUGUCAAGAACGCAGACAUCCUCGUGACCGACACAUGGAUUUCCAUGGGCCAAGAAGGAGAGAAGGUUGCUCGUCUGAAGGCGUUUGAAGGCUUCCAGAUCACACCAGAGCUGGCCAAGCGAGGUGGUGCUAAGGAGGGCUGGCAAUUCAUGCACUGCCUACCUCGUCACCCUGAGGAAGUGAGCGAUGAAGUCUUCUACAGCCCCAAGAGUCUGGUCUUCCAGGAAGCAGAAAAUCGUCUGUGGGCCGCCAUCUCCGCAUUAGAAAGCUUUGUUGUGAACAAGGGCAAAAUCGUGUAA